AGUCAGGGAGGGGGAGUGAGAAGGGGUGGUCGCGUUGUGGGGCCGUGGUGGGGGCGGCCGGUGACUGAGGCCGGAGGGAAGCUCGGAGGGGCCGGGGCUGCCUGGCCCGUGCCGCGGGGAUGAGGAGCCGGGGCAGCGGGAUAGGGGCUGGCCCAUGCCUGUGAGAAGGGGGAGUGUCUGUCGGGCCCAGCGCCCUGUCUCUGCGGCCGAGUCCGGCCCCGGCUGCCUCUUCCGCCUGCUGCCGGGGGCCGAGCUGGAGUCGGAGGAGUUGCCGCGGCUGGGUGAGGAGAGAGCGGGCAGUGCUCCUUUCCUUGUGGAGAAAUCAGUCACGUGCAGAAGUUGGGUGCAUCACAGAAAAUGCAGUAUGAUCUGUAUAUGUUGGACUCUUGACUGGCAAAACAAAUCCUUCACCAUGCAGGAUUGUGGUCUCUGUGAUGACAGAUUACAGACAAGAUAUAAAACUGAAGAACAGCACAGGUUACAGCGGUUAUGCAUUGGCCUCAGGUAGAAUUAACUUUUUAUCAACACAGACUCCAUUGAGCAGAGCUAAUGAUUUCAGAGCGCCUUAAUUUCUCCAAAAUGGAGCCUCAUUCCUAAUGUGGCCACAGCAUGGAAGAAAUUUGGGAUUUUUCUGGGACACUCUUGCACCCUCUCACUGCAGUCAGUUCCUCAAAUGAUUCAUUCCCUUCUUAGCCCGGCUUCUUGAAUGAGGUUCAGGGGUAGCCCAGGAUGGCUGCAGCUUCGUAUGAUCAGUUGUUAAAGCAAGUUGAGGCGCUAAAGAUGGAGAACUCAAACCUACGACAAGAACUAGAGGACAACUCAAAUCAUCUUACAAAACUGGAAACUGAGGCAUCUAAUAUGAAGGAGGUGCUGAAACAGCUACAGGGAAGCAUUGAAGAUGAGGCAAUGGCUUCUUCUGGACAGAUUGAUUUGUUGGAGCGACUGAAAGAACUGAACUUGGAUAGCGGUAACUUUCCUGGAGUGAAGCUAAGGCCAAAGAUGUCCUUGCGUUCAUAUGGAAGCAGGGAAGGGUCCAUGUCAAGCCGUUCAGGAGAAUGCAGCCCUGUUCCCAUGGGAUCAUUUCCAAGAAGAGGAUUUAUGAACGGAAGCAGAGAGAGCACUGGUUAUUUAGAAGAACUAGAGAAAGAAAGAUCUCUAUUGCUGGCUGAGCUUGAAAAGGAAGAGAAAGAAAAGGACUGGUAUUAUGCUCAGCUUCAGAACCUGACUAAGAGGAUAGAUAGUCUCCCUCUUACUGAAAAUUUCUCCUUGCAAACAGACAUGACAAGAAGGCAGUUAGAAUAUGAAGCGAGGCAAAUCAGAGCUGCCAUGGAAGAACAAUUAGGUACUUGUCAGGACAUGGAGAAGCGGGCACAGGUAAGGGUGGCAAGAAUUCAGCAAAUAGAGAAAGACAUACUUCGUAUACGACAGCUCUUGCAGUCACAAGCAGCUGAAGCAGAGAGGGCACCUCAAAGCAAGCAUGAUUCAGGCUCACAUGAAGCAGAGAGGCAGAAUGAAGGUCAAGGAGCAGCAGAAAUCAGCAUGGCAACUACUGGUAAUGGUCAGGGUUCAACUGCUCGAAUGGACCAUGAAACAGCCAGUGUUAUGAGUACCUAUUCCGUUCCUCGAAGACUGACAAGUCAUCUGGGUACCAAGGUAACCGAAGAUUACAAACCACAGGUGGAAAUGGUGUAUUCUUUGUUGUCAAUGCUUGGUACUCAUGAUAAGGAUGACAUGUCACGAACUUUGCUAGCUAUGUCUAGCUCCCAAGACAGCUGCAUAGCCAUGCGUCAGUCUGGAUGUCUUCCUCUCCUCAUCCAGCUUUUACAUGGCAACGAUAAAGACUCUGUGUUAUUAGGAAACUCUCGGGGCAGUAAGGAGGCCCGUGCCAGAGCCAGUGCAGCGCUGCAUAACAUCAUUCACUCACAGCCUGAUGAUAAGCGAGGCAGGCGGGAAAUCCGUGUACUCCAUCUUUUGGAACAGAUCCGAGCUUACUGUGAAACAUGUUGGGAAUGGCAGGAGGUACAUGAACAAGGCAUGGACCAAGACAAAAAUCCAAGGCCAGCUCCAGUUGAACAUCAGAUCUGUCCUGCAGUGUGUGUUCUGAUGAAACUUUCAUUUGAUGAAGAACACAGGCACGCGAUGAAUGAGCUUGGGGGGUUGCAGGCUAUUGCAGAACUGUUGCAAGUGGAUUGUGAAAUGUAUGGGCUUACAAAUGACCACUACAGUGUUACAUUAAGACGGUAUGCUGGAAUGGCUCUAACAAAUUUGACUUUUGGAGAUGUGGCAAACAAGGCUACAUUGUGUUCUAUGAAGGGCUGCAUGAGAGCGCUUGUUGCCCAAUUAAAAUCUGAAAGUGAAGACUUGCAGCAGGUUAUUGCAAGUGUUUUGAGGAAUUUGUCCUGGCGAGCAGAUGUAAACAGUAAAAAGACUUUGCGUGAAGUUGGAAGCGUGAAAGCAUUGAUGGAAUGUGCUUUGGAAGUUAAAAAGGAAUCCACCCUAAAAAGUGUAUUGAGUGCCUUAUGGAAUUUGUCAGCUCAUUGCACUGAGAAUAAAGCUGAUAUAUGUGCUGUGGAUGGUGCUCUGGCCUUUUUAGUUGGCACAUUGACUUACCGAAGCCAAACAAAUACUUUAGCCAUCAUUGAAAGUGGAGGAGGAAUACUACGGAAUGUUUCUAGCUUGAUUGCUACAAAUGAGGAUCACAGGCAAAUCUUGAGAGAGAACAGCUGCUUACAAACGUUGUUACAGCAUUUGAAGUCACACAGUUUGACAAUAGUCAGUAAUGCGUGUGGGACCCUGUGGAACCUCUCUGCACGAAAUGCAAAGGACCAGGAAGCAUUGUGGGACAUGGGAGCAGUUAGCAUGCUCAAAAACCUCAUUCAUUCAAAGCACAAAAUGAUAGCUAUGGGCAGUGCUGCAGCUUUAAGGAACCUGAUGGCAAAUAGGCCUGCAAAGUAUAAGGAUGCCAAUAUUAUGUCUCCAGGUUCAAGCUUACCCUCUCUUCAUGUUAGAAAGCAAAAGGCACUGGAAGCAGAGUUAGAUGCUCAGCAUUUGUCUGAGACUUUUGACAACAUUGAUAAUUUAAGCCCCAAAACAUCUCACCGUAAUAAGCAGAGACAUAAGCAAAAUCUGUAUAGCGAAUAUGUUUUGGAUUCUAGUCGACAUGAUGAUGGAAUUUGCAGGACCGAGAGUUUUAAUACAAGUAACGUGACUGUACUUUCACCAUAUUUAAAUACUACAGUGUUGCCUGGCUCCUCUUCCUCCAAUAGAGGAAAUAUAGAAAACUCUCGAUCUGAAAAGGACAGAAGUGUGGACAGAGAGAGAACAAUGGGAUUAGGCAACUAUCACCCAGCUACAGAAAAUGCUGGGAAUGCCUCUAAGCGAAUAGGAAUGCAGAUCUCUACUGCUGCAGCUCAGAUUGCCAAAGUAAUGGAAGAAGUAACGAAUAUGCAUAUUCCACAAGAAGACAGAAGUUCUGGAUCCACAGCUGAAAUGCACUGCUUGACAGAAGACAGGAAUGCAUUAAGAAGAACAUCCACUGCCCAUGCCCAUUCGAACACUUAUAACUUUCCUAAACCUGAGAAUUCAAACAGGGCAUGUCCUGUGCCUUAUGCAAAAAUGGAAUAUACGAGAGCUUCAAAUGACAGCUUAAAUAGCGUCAGUAGUAGUGAUGGCUAUGGUAAAAGAGGUCAAAUGAAACCUUCCAUUGAGUCUUACUCUGAAGAUGAUGAAAGUAAAUUUUGCAGUUAUGGACAAUAUCCAGCUGAUUUAGCUCACAAGAUACAUAGCGCAAAUCAUAUGGAUGACAAUGAUGGAGAACUGGACACUCCAAUCAAUUACAGUCUUAAAUAUUCAGAUGAACAGUUGAAUUCUGGAAGGCAAAGCCCCUCACAGAAUGAAAGAUGGGCAAGACCUAAACAUAUAAUAGAAGAUGAAAUAAAACAAAAUGAACAAAGGCAGUCAAGAAGUCAAAGUACGACCUAUCCUGGAUAUACUGAAGGUGGUGAUGAUAAUCACAUGAAAUACCAGUCACCUUUUGGCCAGCAAGAUCUUUUCAGAUCAAGAGGAUCCAACAGUUCAGAACAAAACAGAGUAGGCACUACUCAUGGGAUGAAUCAGAAAGUAAACCAGUCCUUGUGCCAGGUUGAUGAUUACGAUGAUGAUAAGCCAACCAACUACAGUGAGCGUUACUCUGAGGGGGAACAACAUGAAGAUGAAGAAGACAGACCAACUAUUUACAGUAUAAAGUACAGUGAAGAGGAGCACCAUGUAGAUCAACCUAUUGAUUAUAGUCUGAAAUACUCAACAGAAGUUCCUUCCUCUUCUCAGAAACCAUCUUUUUCUUUUUCAAAGAGUUCGUCAGUACAAAGCACUAAAACUGAUCAUAUCUCAUCAAGUAGUGGGAACACAUCAACCCCUUCAGCUAGCUCAAAGAGACAGAACCAGCUUCAUCCAAGUGCUGCACAGAGAGGGGGUCAUGCUCAGAAGCCUGCCUCCUGUAAGACUCCUUCCAUCAACCAGGAAACAAUACAGACUUAUUGUGUGGAAGAUACACCAAUAUGUUUUUCAAGAUGUAGCUCUUUGUCAUCUUUGUCCUCGGCUGAAGAUGAAAUAGGGCGUGAUCAAGCCACACGUGUAACAGAUGCCAGUAACACACUGCAGAUAGCAGAACUGAAAGACAAUAGUGUCACUCUGUCAACUGAAGGUGCAGUUAGUGAAGUCCCAUCAACAUCACAACAUAUUAGAACAAAAUCCAAUAGACUUCAGGCUUCUAGUUUAUCUCCUUCUGAUUCAUCUAGACAUAAAGCUGUUGAAUUUUCUUCAGGUGCCAAAUCGCCUUCAAAAAGUGGUGCUCAGACUCCUAAAAGUCCACCAGAACAUUACGUACAGGAGACUCCACUCAUGUUUAGCAGAUGUACUUCUGUAAGUUCCUUGGAUAGUUUUGAAAGCCGUUCCAUUGCUAGCUCUGUUCAAAGUGAGCCUUGCAGCGGAAUGGUAAGUGGUAUUAUAAGCCCCAGUGAUCUUCCAGAUAGCCCUGGACAAACAAUGCCGCCAAGUAGAAGUAAAACCCCACCCCCUGCUCAAGCAGUUCCAGUAAAGAGAGAAACAGCUAAAGGUAAAGUACCCAAUGUUGAAAAGAGAGAGUCUGGUUCUAGACAAGCAGCUGUAAACGCAGCUGUUCAAAGAGUUCAGGUAUUGCCAGAUGCUGAUACAUUGUUACAUUUUGCUACCGAAAGUACACCAGAUGGAUUUUCUUGUUCCUCCAGCCUAAGUGCUCUGAGUCUUGAUGAACCAUUUAUUCAGAAAGAUGUAGAGUUGAGAAUAAUGCCUCCUGUUCAUGAAAAUGACCAUGGAAAUGAAGCAGAACCUGAACAGCCAGAAGAUACAAAGGAUAACCAAGAAAAGAAAGCAGAGAAGCCUACUGAAACAGAAAAGGAUAUACUAGAUGAUUCUGAUGAUGAUGAUAUUGAAAUAUUAGAAGAAUGUAUUAUUUCUGCUAUGCCAACAAAAUCUUCACGCAAAGCCAAAAAGCUUUCUCAAACAACUGCUUCAAAAAUACCUCCUCCUGUAGCCAGGAAGCCAAGCCAUUUGCCGGUGUACAAACUCCUCCCUUCACAAAAUAGAUUGCAGUCUCAAAAGCAUGUUAGUUUUACACCUGGAGAUGAUAUGCCACGUGUGUAUUGUGUUGAAGGUACACCAAUAAAUUUUUCAACAGCUACAUCUCUGAGUGAUCUCACAAUAGAAUCACCACCAAAUGAGUUGGCCAAUGUGGAGAAUGUGGGUACAAGGGCAGAAUCAGGUGAAUUUGAAAAGAGAGAUACCAUUCCUACCGAAGGUAGAAGUACAGAUGAUGCUCAAAGAGGGAAAGACUCAACUGUGUCUACCUCAGGAUUGGAUGAUGACAAAACAGAAGAAGGUGACAUUCUUGCAGAGUGCAUUAACUCUGCUAUGCCAAAGGGAAAAAGCCACAAGCCUUUCAGGGUAAAAAAGAUAAUGGAUCAGAUUCAACAAGCAUCAGCAUCUUCGUCUGUAAGUGGUAAAAACCAACCAGAAGGUGAGAAAAAGAAGCUAACAUCUCCAGUAAAGCCUAUGCCUCAAAGUAAUGAGUACAGAGCACGCUUAAGAAAAAACACAGAGCCAAAAAGUAAUUUUAGUAGUGAAAGAACCUAUUCAGACAACAAAGAUACAAAGAAACAGAACUUCAAAAAUAACUCGAGAGACUUCAAUGAUAAACUUCCAAAUAAUGAGGAACGUGUAAGAGGAAGCUUUGCAUUUGAUUCCCCUCAUCAUUACACACCUAUUGAGGGGACUCCUUAUUGUUUUUCACGGAAUGACUCACUAAGUUCACUAGACUUUGAUGAUGAUGAUGUUGACCUUUCUAGGGAGAAGGCUGAAUUAAGAAAAGGAAAAGAAACUAAGGAAACAGAAACCAAAGCUUCCACUGAUACAGAACAGACUUCAAAUCAGCAGUCAGCUAGUCGGACACAAGGUCAAAAACAUCCAACAGGCAGAAGUCAGCCUAAAACUUUGAUGCAGAAGCAAACCGCUUUCCCUCAACCAUCCAAAGAUAUCCCGGACAGAGGCGCAGCUAUGGAUGAGAAAAUGCAGAAUUUUGCUAUCGAAAAUACCCCCGUUUGUUUUUCUCGCAAUUCAUCUUUGAGUUCUCUCAGUGAUAUUGAUCAAGAAAACAACAACAACAAAGAAAGUGAAACUACAAAACGAACUGAACCUCCUGAUUCACAGAUGGAAUCAAGUAGACCACAGGCUUCUGGUUAUGCACCCAAAUCAUUUCAUGUUGAAGAUACACCUGUGUGUUUUUCUAGAAACAGUUCUCUUAGUUCUCUUAGUAUUGACUCAGAAGAUGACCUUUUGCAGGAAUGCAUUAGUUCUGCCAUGCCUAAAAAGAAAAAGCCCUCAAGAGUCAAGAGUGAAAGUGAAAAGAAUAGUUCCAGAAACAUGGGUGGUAUAUUGGCAGAAGACCUGACACUAGAUUUGAGAGAUAUAAAGAGGCCUGAUUCAGAGCAUGGUUUCUCACCUGAUUCAGAGAAUUUUGAUUGGAAAGCUAUUCAAGAAGGUGCAAAUUCUAUAGUUAGCAGCUUACACCAAGCUGCUGCUGCUGCUUCACUGUCUAGACAAGCUUCAUCAGACUCUGAUUCCAUCCUUUCACUAAAAUCUGGAAUUUCUUUAGGGUCACCGUUUCAUCUUACUCCAGACCAAGAAGAAAAACCCUUUACUAGUAAUAAAGGUCCGAGAAUUAUUAAGCCAGGGGAGAAAAGUACAUUGGAAACUAAAAAAGUAGAGUCGGAAAAUAAAGGAAUCAAAGGAGGAAAGAAAGUGUAUAAAAGUAUGAUUACAGGAAAAGUUCGCUCUAAUUCAGAAGUUUCAAGCCAGUUGAAACAGCCCCAGCAAACAAAUAUGCCUUCAAUCUCACGAGGUAGGACAAUGAUUCACAUUCCAGGAGUUCGAAAUAGCUCUUCCAGUACAAGUCCAGUUUCAAAAAAAGGGCCCCCACUCAAGAACACAGCCUCCAAAAGUCCCAAUGAAGGUCAGAGUUCCACUAGUUCCCCGAGAGGAGCCAAGUCAUCAGUGAAAUCAGAGCCAAGUCCUAUAACCAGGCAGCCAUCUCAACAGGGUGGGUCAAGUAAAGGACCUUCUAGGUCAGGAUCUAGAGAUUCCACUCCUUCUAGACCUCAACAGCAGCCAUUAAGCAGACCUCUGCAGUCUCCAGGUCGAAGCUCAAUUUCCCCAGGCAGAAACGGUAUAAGCCCUCCUAACAAACUGUCUCAACUGCCAAGGACUUCAUCUCCCAGUACAGCUUCAACUAAGUCCUCGGGUUCAGGACGAAUGUCAUACACGUCACCAGGCAGACAGAUGAGCCAGCAAAACCUUGCAAAACAAACAGGGUUACCCAAAAGUGCUAGUGGUAUUCCCAGAAGUGAGUCUGCCUCAAAAGGUUUGAACCAAAUUCUUAGUAGUAGUGGCUCAAACAAAAAGGUUGAACUAUCUAGAAUGUCAUCCACAAAAUCCAGUGGAAGUGAAUCUGACAGAUCAGAGAGACCUGUUCUAGUGCGCCAGUCAACUUUUAUUAAAGAAGCUCCAAGUCCAACUCUACGAAGGAAAUUAGAAGAGUCAGCUUCAUUUGAAUCUUUGUCUCCUUCUAGACCCGAUUCUCCCACCCGAUCCCAAAUACAGACCCCAGUUUUAAGUCCAUCACUUCCUGAUAUGUCCUUAUCUUCUCAUUCAACUGUACAGGCUAGUGGUUGGCGAAAAUUACCUCCUAAUCUUAACCCUUCUGUAGAAUAUAAUGAUGGGAGACCAGCAAAACGUCAUGAUAUAGCUCGCUCUCAUUCUGAGAGUCCAUCUAGACUGCCAAUCAAUAGAUCAGGAACAUGGAAGCGUGAGCACAGUAAGCAUUCUUCAUCACUUCCUCGUGUUAGCACUUGGCGUAGAACUGGAAGUUCUUCCUCAAUUCUGUCUGCUUCUUCAGAAUCCAGUGAAAAGGCAAAAAGUGAAGAUGAAAAGCAACAUGGAAGUUCUUUUUCUGGACACAUACAAACUAAAGAAAGUCAAGUACCAGCAAAAGGGACGUGGAGAAAGAUAAAGGAAAAUGAAAUUUCUCAGAUAAUGAGUAAUCCUUCUCAUAAUUCCUCUUCAGAUGCUACAAAUGGUGCUGAUUCAAAAACUUUAAUUUACCAGAUGGCACCUGCUGUCUCUAAGACUGAGGAUGUGUGGGUGAGGAUUGAAGACUGCCCUAUUAAUAAUCCUAGAUCUGGACGAUCACCUACUGGAAAUACUCCCCCAGUUAUUGACAGUGUUUUAGAGAAGGGGAAUGCGAAUGGUAAAGAUUCUAAAGAUAUUCAGGGAAAACAAAAUGCAGGGAAUGGAAAUGUUCCUGUUCGCACAAUGGGUUUAGAAAAUCGCCUGAAUUCAUUCAUUCAGAUAGAUAGUCCAGAUAAGAAGGGAACUGAAACAAAACCUGUGCUGAGUAAUCCUGUUCCUGCACCAGAGACCAAUGAAAGCAUUAUUAAUGAACGUACACCAUUCAGUUCCAGCAGCUCAAGCAAACACAGUUCACCUAGUGGAGCUGUUGCAGCAAGAGUGACUCCUUUCAACUACAAUCCAAGUCCACGAAAGAGUAGUGCAGACAACAGUUCUGCUCGACCAUCACAGAUACCAACACCAGUAAAUAACAGCACAAAGAAACGAGAUUCAAAGACUGAAAAUACAGACUCUAGUGGAACUCAGAGUCCUAAACGUCAUUCUGGGUCUUACCUGGUGACUUCUGUUUAAAUAAAUUAAAAAAAAACUGAUGUAUUAUUUACAAGUGCUAUGUAGAAAUUUUGUUUCAAAUGAAACUUUAAAAGACUGGGGAUUGGGGUUUUUUGUUUGUUUUUGUAAAUAGGUUUGAUUCCUGUAGAGGGUCCUUGUUCUGGAAGCCAUAUUUGAUAGUAUACUUUGUCUUCACUGGUAAUAUUUUGGAGGGAUACCUGAUUGAUAGUUUGGAAUAAAAUCGCUACAAGCAAGUAUAUUUGUACAGUAUGUUUUACAUGUAUUUAAUUAGCAUCCCAUCCCAUGAUCCUUUAAAUAUUGCUUGUCUUGAAAUAAUGAACACUUACAGAUAGAGAUGAUACAAUUAUAUUGCUGUUUCAAUCAUUUCUAGAUUACAAACUGACUAAACUACAUCAGGGAAAAAUUGGUGGUAUUUAUGCAAAAAAUAUACUCAGUUUUGGUAUUUGUGAAUCCAUCUAACCCUAUAAUUAAUCAUGUGGCUGUGAAAUUCACAGUAAUAUGGUUUCUGCUGAACAAGCUUUCCCAGCCUGCUUUUUUGCAUGAAUGGAAAUGAUGGUUCAUUUUCUGAAGUAAUGAUUAACAUUUCUGUGGUCACAUAAUGUGCAUAGAUAGAUAUAGUGUAACAAUUUACACUUUCUUUGUGUUCUGCAAAAAAGGAAAUCUGUGUCACUGUAAAACCUUGAACAGAAUUAUUUUACCUGAACUAGAUUUUAUCUGAAAGUAGAUAGAAUUUUUGCUAUGCUGUAACUUGUUGUAUAUUCUGGUAUUUGAGGUGAGAUGGCUGCUCUUUUAUUAAUGAGACGUGGAUGAUGUCUCAACAGAAACUAAAAUGAACAUUUCAGAAUAAAUUAUUACUGUAUGUA